GGCACUGAACAGUCAGAUCCACUUUAUUACUUCAACAUUACCGACAAGGAGAACCGUUACCAUCUAUAUCCAGAGACUGCUGAUGCCGGGCAGAAAAGACAGAGUGGAUGAGAGGAUUUCAAUGUGUGACUAAAAGACCUUUAGACAGAGAACUCCAUUACAGUAUAGAUUAGAACUUUCUUGGAGAGGCACACAAUGGCUAAACAACGAGAAAUGCAAGUAAUGGAGUCUGGUUAUUCAAAUGUGUUGGGGAAAGUCCCUUCAUCAGGUAGGCAUCAAUGCUCACCAAGAAUGCUGGUAUUCAUCCUAAUGGGGCAAAACAUCGCUCUGUUCCUGCUUUUAACCAUCAUGGCUGCCUUUCUUUUCAUCAUGUAUUUUCGUACGGUGGAGGGGGAGAAAAAUACUUCACUGAAUCAUUAUGAAAAGUCCCACUGUGGUUCUUCCUGGAAGAAAUUUAAUGGAAGCUGUUAUUGCUUUGAAAUAAAUAGAGUGACCUGGACAGAGGCCCAUCUCUCUUGUGCAAGGUCCAAUAGUGACUUGGUCAUCAUCAAAAGUGAUGAGGAGCAGAAAUUUCUUAAAAGUAAAACUGGUGAUGACUGUUACUGGAUUGGUCUCCAAAGGAUUAAAGAAAUAUGGACAUGGGUUGAUGGAACAAUCCUCAAAGCAUCAUCAGGUUUUUGGCGGAUCGGGGAACCAAAUAAUGGUAGAGGGGAUGAAAACUGCGCUCACCUAUUCAAAGAUGGAAAGAUGAAUGAUGCACCAUGUGAUCAAGAGAAGAUCAAGUGUAAUGCCAUCUGUGAGAAGAAAGACCUCUCAUAAAGAGAAAGAAUGGAUGAUCGAUAGCCCCACACUUUAUAUAUUUAUAAUAUACAGUUUGGUUGUUUCCCUAUGGGACCAAACUGUAAAUGAUAUCCUUAUAAACAAUGCUUAGUGAUCAGUUAUAAUCGGAGCUUAGUGACGUAAUUUCUUUCACAUGACUUACUAAUACUUGUAUACUAUAAUAAAGUACCCCCUGUUGUAAAAUAUGAGGAUAUUCGAAGUCACCUCGGAGUUCCAUGACUUGUAUAAGUGCUCAUGGAACUCCAUGGUGACUUAUAAUAUCCCUACGUUUUACAAUAGGGGGUACUUUAUUCACUAUAUAUACCCUAUACCUUUAUUUUAAGAUAAAGAUUAUAAAUGCUUUGUAUAUAUAACACACAGGAGAGCCAAUAAAUAUCCUGUAAUUGAUAUCCCUAUCAACAGUGCUUAGUGAUGUCAUCAUUUAUAAUCAGUGCUUUGUUAUGUAAUUUCUAAUUUCUGUCAUAUGACUCACUGAAAUUUCUGUAUUAUAAUAAAAUACC